AUGGACACGGUGUAUAUGUUUUUGCUUGUGGAGGCUAUUAUGAAGGAGACUGAAAAGAUGAUGAAAAACAUGGAAAAGGGAAAAUGGUCUAUAAAAAAGGUGGAUAUUACGAAGGAGAAUGAAGAAAUGAUGUCAAAAACGGUUUCGGACAUGAGGUUUUUGCAAAUGAAGAAUCUUAUGUUGGGUAUUUUAAAAAUGGCCUAA